AUGUGUACCACAGACCAGGCACCAGUGCAACAAUGUUUCUUUAUCUCCACUGCCCACACAGAUGAUCUUCUGUACAGAAAUGUGGAAAGGUUAUGGCAACUGGACGUGUUGCCUUUUCACAAUGAGAAGCUGGUGGUCCGGUCCAGACAAGAUAACGAGGCUAUGCAGCUGCUUGAGUCCCAAACGCAGCAAGUCAGUGUACAGGGUGUACAACGUUACGCCACCCCUCUUCUGUGGAAGCCAGAUGCACUUAAGCUCAAGGGGUCUAUGCAAUCUGUUCUUGCAAACCUGAGGAGUACUGAAAGGAGACUCCAGAAAGACCCUAAGAAGGCCUCAAUCAACUCGGGAGAGAUUGCCAAGCUCAUCAAAGCAGGUUAUGUAGCCAAACUCAACCAAAGGGAAGCAGCCCAGGCAGAAGAAACAUGGUACCUGCCCCACCAUCUGGUGAGCCAUAACAAUAAGCCCUCCUGCCUGGUUCUGCCCUUGGACCAUCACUGUUCGUCUCCUACCAAAGGACAGACCCGUCUGGAGCUUUGUGCCGCCUUAGCUGGAGCACAGCUAGCCAGACUGGUGAAGAAUGAGAUGACUCUCUCCAUCAGUCAGACAGUCCUAUGGACAGACUCCUUGACUGUGCUAGAGUGGAUUCAGUCAGACUCCUGUCGAUAUAAGGUGUUUGUCGGAACCCGAGUCUCUGAGAUGCAGGAAUUAACAGACCACAGAUCCUGGAGGUACGUGAAUACACAGGAAAACCCCGCUGACGACAUAACACGAGGUAAAUCGCUCCAAAGUCUGGCUGAGCCUAGUCGAUGGAGUCAAGGACCUCCAUUCUUGAAACAGAGCCAAGAGCACUGGCCUAAGAAACCUGAACUCACACAGUCAGAGGAAGCAUCCGAAUUGAAAGGGCUUCCAUGCUACUGCCUAAUAGCAGUUAACACUGCCUCCAACAUCCCUGAUUCUACCCAGUUCAGUUCAUGGAGUGAAUUAGUGGAGGCAACUCGACAGGCCUGCCAAGGGGUGGCCACAUCGGAUUCUGCAUCCAGUGAGCCCAUGACUAGUAAAGAGGCAGAAGCUGCCCUGCUAAGAGCAUGCCAACUCCAGAGCUUUCCCGAAGAAGUUGCUGCCCUCAAGGCACAGAAAUCAGUUCCUGCACACAGCCGAUUAGUCAGCCUUGCUCCGGAAUGGGAUCCACUGAAAACCAUGAUAAGAGUUGGAGGCCGAUUAAGGAGGCUAGCAAACUCAGACCCAGAACAAAUCCACCCCAUUGUGCUGGACCCAAGACAUGCAGUAACGAAGCUCCUCAUCAAAGAAUUUGAUGAGCGUCUGUUACACCCAGGAGCAGAAAGAGUCUACGCUGAAAUACGUAGACAGUACUAG